AUUAAUUUGUUAACAGCAACCUUAAAAUAUUGUUUUUAUUAUAUAUAUUAUACUACGCAUUAAAUUGAUAAAAUUUGACAAUUGUGUUUUUACAAACUUUAUUUUGUACUCUUAAAAACUGAAUUGUAUAGUACAAACCAAUAUUUUUUGUAACAGCUGUUUUGGAGGUUAUGUGUGCAAACAGCUGUUCAUGUCUCUCGCACACGCUCAUUGCAUCACCACGAGAUGCAAAAUUUUGUGUAAAAAUAUAUUUUUUGUUUAUCUUAAUAAAUUGUUAAUAAAAUCUGCAUCUGACAUGCAUAACUCACGGAGAGGCCUCAGCCUGUUAUGUGCUCUGAAUGUUAAAUCUCCGAUUAGUCAACUGAAUCCUACAACUACAGUGUUAAUCAGCAAAUGUGUUCACCGGAGCAGCUACCAACAAGCAAGACAUAAAAAGAACAAUAACGCAGCUAAUGUUUCUACAUUAUUUAAACCAGUGCCGGUGCGCCAUAACACAGACGAACUAGAUGUCGGCGCUGAGCUCGUUGGAAAACUAGACAAAUCUGAUAUAUUAAAAAUUUUAAAUAAGUUUACACAAAGACGGGAGAUAAAACUGCUCUCCAGUGAAAAUGGACUUGACUCUUAUCUAUUACAACAAGCAUUUGCUUCGUUUAGACGUUAUUGUAUUGAAGCGGACAAUCUACCUGUAGAUUUACACAUAAUAUUUAGCGAUAUCAGUCAAGGUGCUGGACAUAUUGAUGACAUAUUUCCGUACUUUUUAAGACAUGCAAAAACAGUGUUUCCCCAUUUGGAUUGUAUGGAUGAUUUAAAAAAAAUAUCUGACUUAAGAACGCCUGCUAAUUGGUAUCCCAGUGCACGCGCUAUUACACGAAAAAUCGUGUUUCACGCCGGCCCAACAAAUUCAGGAAAGACUUACCAUGCUAUGGAACGUUUUUUAACUGCUAAAAGUGGUGUAUAUUGUGGCCCGCUAAAACUACUAGCAACAGAAGUUUUUAACAAAUGUAAUGAAAGGGGCACACCAUGUGACUUAGUUACUGGAGAGGAACGAAAAUAUGGCAUUAAUGAAAAUACACCAGCAAAUCAUGUCGCGUGUACAGUAGAAAUGACAUCUGUUAAUACACCUUAUGAAGUUGCUGUUAUUGAUGAAAUACAACAAUUACGUGAUCCUCAAAGAGGCUGGGCAUGGACACGUGCAUUUCUCGGACUAAUUGCUGAUGAAGUACAUGUUUGUGGUGAAGCUGGCGCUUUGGAGCUGUUACAAAAAAUUUGUGAAACAACAAAUGAGACAGUGGAAGUACAUAAUUAUAAUCGUUUAACACAACUCACUGUAGAAGACUCAGCAUUAGUGACACUUGACAAUGUAAUGCCUGGCGAUUGUAUUGUAUGUUUUAGUAAAAACGACAUAUACUCUGUGUCUCGGCAAAUUGAAGCAAGAGGAAAAGAAGUAGCUGUAAUAUACGGUGGCCUGCCACCUGGUACGAAACUUGCUCAGGCUGCUAAAUUCAAUGAUCCUGAAAAUAGUUGUAAAGUUAUGGUUGCUACAGAUGCUAUUGGAAUGGGACUUAAUUUGAGUAUACGUCGAAUUAUAUUUUAUUCAUUGGUAAAGCCGUCGAUGAAUGAAAAGGGUGAACGUGAAAUUGAUACAAUAUCAGUCUCAUCAGCUUUACAGAUUGCAGGUAGAGCAGGAAGAUUUCGCACACAAUGGGAACAUGGUUAUGUGACAACUUUUAAAGCAGAUGAUUUGCCGGUUUUAAAAAAAGUUUUAUCACAAUCACCAGAUCCACUUAAGCAAGCUGGCUUACAUCCGACUGCCGAUCAAAUUGAGUUGUAUGCUUACCAUUUGCCAAACUCAACAUUAAGCAACCUUAUGGAUAUAUUCGUAAAUUUAUCUACCGUCGAUGAUUCACUAUACUUUAUGUGUAAUAUUGAAGAUUUUAAGUUCCUGGCUGAAAUGAUACAACAUGUACCAUUACCUUUACGUGCUCGAUAUGUGUUCUGUUGUGCACCAAUAAAUAAAAAAAUGGCAUUUGUUUGCUCCAUGUUUUUAAAGAUCGCACGUCAAUAUAGUCGCAAUGAACCUGUUACAUUUGAAUUUAUAACCAAGAAUUGUGGCUGGCCAUUUAGUUUACCAAAAACCAUUUUAGAUUUAGUACAUCUCGAAUCAGUUUUUGAUGUAAUGGAUCUCUACUUAUGGUUAAGCUAUCGGUUUAUAGAUUUAUUCCCAGAUGCACCUGCAGUACGUAUUGCACAAAGAGAAUUGGAUGAAAUAAUACAGCAAGGAGUUUUUCAAAUAACACGUCUAUUGAAGAAUACCGAAGCUAAUCAAAAUGCUAGUGACGGUGACACCACAUACAAUAUGCGUAGAACUACACAAUUUAAAGAACCUCGCGUACCAACCAAUAUGCGUGGACGGUUAACAGAACGUUUAUUAGCUCAAGGUUUACUUACUCCUGCCAUGUUAAGUGAAUUAAGAAAAGAAUGGGAUAGGCAACAACACUCACUUGAAGAACGUAAUUUUAGUAAUACAUUUGAUGACAAUGAAGAUGAUAAUGAAUAUAAUGACUCUACUCAUAAGAAAUUUCGGAGGAAACGUAGAAAGUGAAUUUAGCUCUGAUAUAUUUAGAUAGUUAAUAGAAUUUUACAAAUAUCAUUUGUAGCCAAAUCAUAAUUAUUUGUAGCUUAUAAAAUUUGUUUUA